UUGGCACCCUCCACUGAGUAUAUACUGCGCGCAAUAAAGGCCCAAUCCAGCAAAUCGGAAGUGCUUUGGGGCACAAAUUUAUUCAGCUCGGGGCUUAUGCCUGAUUGGAGAAUGUUCAAAAGAUUGCCAUGUUAAUGAAUGAGUAUGUAAAUUGUCUUACUUAUGUAUCUAGACCGACUUCGAAAAGAAUUAGACCCUACGGGAGGUCGGACUGGACAGAUAGAUACUCCGUAUCCAGCUGUUUUCGCCCAUAACUGAAGCAGUAGUCACGACUUUAACUUCAUUUUGAUUUUAGCUUUGGCACAUUUUUUGCCUUUUCAAAUCCGGAAUCCUCAGGAAAGUAUUUGCCGGUCCCCCAGAAAUGCGCAACUACAUAUUACUGGGACUAAUCAUCCACCUCUGGCUUCUGCGGCUCUUGUGUAGCGCAGCAGAGUUCGACACUCCGGACGAGCGCACUGCCAGCUAUUGGAUGAAGCAGGCACAGCAACAACUGGCGGAGCGUCUGGCACGUACGCGUCAUCUGACUGACAACCGUGUGGCCAAAAACAUAGUCUUCCUGCUCGGCGAUGGACUCUCCAUAACCACAGUGACGGCAGCACGCAUUCUCAAGGGCCAGCGGAUGGGACACAGCGGUGAAGAAAGUCGUUUAGCCGUCGAGAAUUUUACCUACGCCGGAUUGAGUAAAACCUAUUGCACGGACAGCCAGACCGCGGACUCUGCCUGCACGGCGACAGCUUAUAUGUCUGGCGUGAAGACCAAUAUGGGGGCCAUCGGACAGAGUGCCUCGGGUGAGCAUGUGGAGCCCAUAACAUUGUGGGCCCAGCGAGCGGGCAAGGCUACAGGUAUUGUGACCACGACAAGACUGACGCAUGCCAGUCCCGCUGGCGCCUAUGCGCAUGUGCCUCGACGCUCCCAGGAGUUGGAUAUAGCACGGCAAUUGCUAGAGCAGGAGCCGGGACGUCAAUUUCACGUCAUACUUGGCGGCGGACUGGGAAAGUUUGCCAGUGAGCGCAGCGAUGGACGCAAUCUUAUCCAGCAAUGGCACGACGCUCAUCCGGGUGGCUGCUUUGUGCGGUCGCUCAGCGAGCUGCAGGCGUGCCGUGUCGGAAAUGGAAGCGUGCUGGGUGUAUUUAACGAUAAUCACAUGGCCUACCAUCUGGCAGCUCCUAAGGAUCAGCCAAGACUAUGCGAUAUGACGAAGGCAGCUAUUGAGCAUCUGUCGGCGGCCAGCCCGAACGGUUAUUAUGUGUUCAUCGAGGGCGGUCGCAUCGAUCAUGGCCAUCAUGAGACGCGCGCCGGCUAUGCCCUGGAUGAGACGCUGGAGUUCGAUGCAGCCGUCGAGACAGCUGCGCGUUUGACGGACGAGCAGGACACGCUUAUUGUGGCCACCUCCGACCACUCGCACACUUUGAGCUUGGCCGGCUACGCUAAGCGUGGAACAUCGAUUUUGGGUCAGGAUGACAGCAAUCGCGAUACGAAUGGAGUGCCAUAUAGUAUCUUGAACUAUGCCGUUGGCAAGUGGCAGAGUCUGAACAAGGCUGGCAAGCGCGAGAAUCCAGGACCACAUCUUCGAGAGACCUCAUUUACGCCGAGCUACAUUCGCGGAAAGACUGGCGUACAUGCUGGCGAGGAUGUUGCGGUAUUUGCUCAGGGUCCGCAAGCCCAUCUCUUCAGCGGCAUUAUGGAACAGAAUUUGCUGCCCCAUUUGAUGAGCUAUGCGGCAUGUCUGGGCGAUGGAACUACUGUGUGCCAGAAGCAACGAAGAGAACAGCUUUCAUUGAAUGCGACGGCAGAGAAUCCGAACAAAACCUCAAAACUAGUGCCCGCAGGUGCCUAGUCUUUAAAUCGGCUUUAUUUCUUUUUAUAACUUUUGAAUUUUGCGGCACAUGCGCCAAAUAAAUUGAUGUUAAUGUUUAUGAGCAAUCUAAAA